AUGGCUGGAAAAGACGGUUUGGUGAAAUUGGACGUGGGUGUGUUGAGCGCUGAGCAGCAAGAAAAACUGCGACAGUUCAAGAUAAAGACGAGAGUGGAAAACGAGAAGUAUUUGAGGUCGCAUCCAGAAGUGGAGGUUCUGAUAGGUGACUUUCUGAGAGACGUGCUUCUCAAAAGGCCCACUGACAUUCGUGAAUUUGCUGCAGAUCACUUCACCAACCCAAACCUCCAUGUGGUUAUCGGCUCCAAAAUGAAAGGAAACAGUGACAUGGAGUGA